AUGGCUUCGCAAGACCAAAACCGGCCUUCGAUGCCCCACUGGGACUCUGUCCCGAUGCCGUUCCGUGAACGCGGCGAUGGCAACACGGGCAGCACGGGCAGCACUGGCACGGCUGAUCAUGCCACUCCCCAUGCCACUCCCCAUGCCGCUCCCCAUGCCGCUCCGCACUCCGUCGACAGCCCCUUUGGAUUCCCACCAUUUGGUCCCUGGUUUCAACCUCACCUGUAUGGCCAACAUCCACCUCCACCACCACCUCGAGGCUGGGACCAAUGGCGUCGGCAUGACUUCGACGGCCAUCAUGGCCAUGGGCAGCACCAUGACUCUGGCGGCAAAAAAGCCGAGGCCGAUUUGUACGUGGACGAAAAGGGCAAGGAAAAGGCCUCCACGCGAGCGAGGAACGAAGCCGUUCCCGAUCCGGCCGAGAUGACGCCCGACGAGGACGAUGGUUCCGCGCCCCCUGCUGACGGCCCUACCUGCGCUUCCGCCGACGGUCGUCGCCGUCGCGGUCACGGUCGCUGCCGUGGAGGCAUGCACCGAGGCGGCUGGUCGCAUCGCGGACGCCAUGCCGGCCCCCCCUUUGACUUUCCCACCCUCAUGCGUGGUGCCAUGGACAGCCCCUUUUUCCGCUGCCUCCAGGACCAAGCCCAGCGCUUCGCCAGCGGCGUCAAUUUCGACGCCGCAGACGGCAGCAGCAGCUUCACGCCCUCGAUUGACGUCUUCAAUACCAAGGACGCCUACGUCCUCCACGUCGCUCUACCUGGCGCCCGGAAGGAAGACAUUGGCCUGACGUGGGACUCCGACAACGGCACCCUCAAUGUCGCCGGUGUCGUCCAUCGUCCCGGCGACGAGCAUUUCAUUCAGACGCUGUCCGUGGCCGAGCGUCGCGUCGGCAUGUUCGACCGUCACAUUGAUCUGCCUCCAGCCGGGGCCGGUGAGAAGGAAGAAAUCGACGCCUCCGGCAUCACGGCCAAGAUGGAGGACGGCAUCCUCGUCGUUGUCGUGCCCAAGGCCGAGAAGGAGUGGACUCAGGUCCACAAAGUGGAGAUUGCAUAG